AUGGCCGAAACGAGGCCGGUCUUCUUUUUUGAUAUUGACAACUGCCUCUAUCCUAAGAGUCUAAAGGUCCACGAUCACAUGACUGAAUUGAUAGACCAAUACUUCAUCAAGCAUCUGGAAUUGAGCCGUGAUGAUGCCUACAGGCUUCACCAAGACUACUAUAAGACCUACGGUUUGGCAAUUGAGGGAUUGGUGCGGCAUCACAAGAUCGACCCUCUGGAGUACAACCGUCAAGUAGAUGAUGCCCUACCGCUCGAAUCAAUCAUCUUUCCGGAUCCACAGCUUCGAAAGCUCCUUGAGGAUAUGGACAAGACUAAAGUCAAACUAUGGCUCUUCACCAACGCAUACAUCAACCAUGGGCGGCGAGUAGUACGCUUGCUUGGGGUUGAAGAUAUGUUUGAAGGGAUAACCUUCUGCGAUUACGCUGAGACGCCGAUGAUCUGCAAACCCCAUCCAGAAAUGUUUAACAAGGCGAUGAGGGAGGCUGGUAUUAAAGAGUUCAAAGACUGCUAUUUUGUUGAUGAUUCUGCGCUGAAUUGCCGCAAAGCCGAGGAAAUUGGAUGGAACACCGCUCAUCUUGUCGAGGAAGGGGAGCCGCUGCCUGCCCAGAAGCCUUGCAAGUACCAGAUUCGCCAUUUGGAGGAGCUAAGAACUCUUUUUCCACAGUUUUUCAAGAACCCGUAG